AGCUGUUCGAAAGUGACAGCGCCUGUCAAAUAUCGCGUCCACUUCCGUUUCUUUUCACUUUUGACCAGCAAGAUGAAAAUCGGUUUGUGUGCAUUCAGUGGGUACAAAAUUUACCCGGGCCAUGGCAAGACCAUGGUCAAAGUUGAUGGCAAGACCUUCACCUUCCUGGACAAGAAGUGCGAGCGCUCCUAUCUGAUGAAGCGUAAUCCCCGUAAGGUCACCUGGACUGUGCUGUACCGUCGUAAGCACCGUAAGGGUAUCGAGGAGGAGGCCUCCAAGAAGCGCACCCGUCGCACACAGAAAUUCCAGCGCGCCAUUGUUGGUGCCUCGCUGGCGGAAAUCAUGGCCAAGCGUAACAUGAAGCCCGAGGUGCGCAAGGCACAGCGCGAUCAGGCCAUCAAGGUGGCAAAGGAACAGAAGCGCGCCGUUAAGGCCGCCAAGAAGGCUGCUGCCCCCGCUCCCGCCAAGAAGUCCGCGCCCAAACAGAAGGCCACCAAGGUGACGCAGAAGUCUGCGCCUCGCGUCGGUGGAAAGCGGUAAACAACAACAACAACCACCACAACAACAACAGCAGCAGCAACAACAUCAAGCAGUCUGUUAGUUUUACCGGUUGUUGCGACGGAGAGCAAAGUGAAGUGCUACGGUUUUACAACAACAAACAUCAUUUAAGAAACAACAAAAA